AAUUAUGCAGACCGUGCACCUUACCUCUAUGCGCCACAUAAAUCCCACCGUGAAAAACCGAAAGGUAAUUUCGCGGGUCCACGUAACGAAAUAAAAUCCAAAACGCUGCACUUUGAUUUGACCACGCUACCAGGCGAAGCCGCGUAGAGUUUAUCAACCGGCGUAUCUUAGCAUCCACCCAGCCAUUUUGGGCUUGCCUUCCUCACAGUGCCCCCAGCUCCCUCUCUCUCUCUCUCUAUCAAACCCGCUACAAGAAAGUUUCAGUGAAAGAGUUUGGGAAUUUAUCCUCUGCUUUGCUCCAUUAGUGUGUUAUUAGGUUCAAAAGGGUAAUCUGAUUUUCAACGGCAUUACCAUAUUGUGCACAAAGUUGCAGCUUUGCUUCAGUUUGAGUUUGAGAAUCAAUCAACCAUGCCUCAUACUGCUUCUGUGCGGUUGUUAUAUGAAUGGAGAAGUCACAGUAAUCGUCGAUGCCAUAAUCCCGAUGCUUGCCUUGUAGGAAAGGGUCGAGUACAUAUGGUCGGAAUCAAUUUUCCGCCACAUGUUUUGCGACAGGGUGCCUGCAGUCUCAAUCUUUUAAGCAGUAUUCGUGGCCCAAUAGGUCCAGUAUCUUCCAGAUGCAAUGUUUUCUUGUGCAGAUCUGUUUUAGUACCAGGUGGAGGAAAUGGGGCUCCCCUUCUGAAAUCUGCUGCUGUAGUUUUAACAAGGUCUUAUGAUGCUUUACGUGGAAGCCCUGUUUUACUUAAAUUGAUCCCAGCAGUUGCUAUCAUAGCUUUUGCUGUUUGGGGUCUUGGGCCACUUUUGCGUCUCAGCAGGAUUAUAUUUCUUCAACGGAACGAUAGUACUUGGAAUAAAAGUAGGUCGCACUAUGUCAUGAAUUCUUACCUCCGGCCCUUGCUUCUCUGGAUUGGAGCAACACUUAUGUGCAGAGCAUUAGAUCCUGUAGUCCUACCUUCAGAAGCUAGCCAGGCUGUCAAGCAACGUCUUAUAAAUUUUGUACAAUCAUUAUCAACAGUGCUGGCAUUUGCCUAUUGUUUGUCAAGCUUGAAUCAACAAGCACAAAAGUUCUUUACGGAGACAAGUGACCCAAGUGAUUCGAGAAAUAUGGGCUUCAAUUUCGCUGGCAAGGCUGUUUAUUCUGCAGUUUGGGUUGCUGCAGUAUCAUUGUUCAUGGAGCUGCUGGGAUUCUCAACCCAGAAAUGGCUAACAGCUGGUGGUCUUGGCACAGUAUUGCUCACCCUUGCUGGUCGCGAGAUAUUCACAAACUUCCUUUCAAGUGUAAUGAUCCAUGCCACACGACCAUUUGUUGUUAAUGAAUGGAUUCAGACUAAGAUUGAAGGCUAUGAAGUUUCUGGUACUGUUGAGCAUGUGGGUUGGUGGUCACCAACAAUUAUAAGAGGCGAUGAUCGCGAAGCAGUUCACAUUCCAAAUCACAAGUUCACUGUAAACGUUGUCAGGAAUCUUAGCCAGAAGACUCAUUGGCGCAUUAAGACCCACCUAGCCAUAAGUCACUUGGAUGUCAUUAAAAUUAACACUAUUGUAGCUGAUAUGCGCAAGGUUUUGGCCAAAAAUUCUCAAGUAGAGCAGCAAAGGUUGCAUAGGAGAGUUUUUCUGGACAAUAUUAAUCCAGAUAAUCAGGCCCUUAUGAUUUUGGUAUCCUGCUUUGUUAAAACAUCUCAUUUUGAGGAGUAUCUCUGUGUUAAGGAGGCAAUACUUUUGGAUCUUCUCAGAGUUGUCAGCCAUCAUCGUGCCCGGCUUGCCACACCCAUUCGUACAGUCCAGAAAUAUUACAGUGAGGCUGACUUGGAAAAUGUGCCAUUUGCUGACACCAUGUUCACUCGUUCUAGGGCAUCCAAUAAUCGUCCAUAUCUACUUAUUGAACCAUCUUAUAAAAUCAGUAGUGAUGACAAAAGUAAAGCUUCAAGUCGCCCAACACAUACAAAUGGAGACAAACAGGCCCAGGCUGAAGCUUCCUCAACAUCUGACUCCAAGGGAUCAGAUGCUAAAGCUGGGGCAACACUAACUCAUGCACAAACUGACAAUAAAGUUGCAGCAACUUCAAGUUCCAACUCAAGCACAAACUCCAAGACCUCAGAAAUGCCAACAUCUGAACCCCAAACACGGAAUUCAGCAUCUGAUGGUUCAGUUCGAAGCAAAUCUGAAUGCUUCCAAGAUGCAUCUCCACCAAAGGUGAUGUCUAAGAAGUCCCUUGUUACUUCACCUGAGACUGGUAGCGAAAAAGCAGAUGUUCCUCUGGCACCUUUACAGGCAAAGCAUGAUGGUGAGAAACCUGUUUUAUCACCAUCCAUAGCUAGGCCUCCCUUAGAAGAGAAUAUUAUCCUUGGUGUUGCUUUGGAAGGCUCAAAGCGAACACUUCCAAUUGAGGAAGAAGACAUGGCUCCAUCUCCUUCUGCAGAAUCAAAAGAACUCACUGCCCGCCGAAAUGGUGGAGGGUCUCCUCCUGUUGGCACAGACGUGAAAGAUGGUUAAUUGCCUGCAGUUCCUAGAGCCAUGCAAACUGAAUAGCCGGACCAUGAAGGCUAUGUCGUUAGUCGUUAUAGUGUAACACAGUUAUUGAUUGACGUGUAAAAAUGCAUGCCGCUGAGUUUUUGAAGCUGGCAUUACAUUGUCUUCUACGAUUGCUUGAUAAUUUGUCGAAAUGGAAAUUUGUGGGUCAAUCUGAAA